ACGCACUGGUCCCAACCUCUGGGCAGGAGGUAAAGAGAGGGAGGGGGGGGACAUCGAGAGCUGCCGCCUGGUCUUGGGGACAGGUGCGUGCACGCGCGCAUGUGUGUGUAUGUCGGUAUUUGCGUGCGUGCGUGCGUGUUAGAGCUAGCGCUGUCAUCCGCCGUGGCGUGGCCUCCGAGACAAGUCGGUUUUUUUUUUCUCGUCCCCUCCCUCCCUCUCCCUCCCUCCCCCUCUCUCUCUCUCUCUCUAUUUCGACUCUUGGGCUGGGCGGAGGAGGGGAGAGAGAGGCGUCAUGAGAUCUUCGAUGCUGGGAAGUCCUGCAUGGGUGGCCUUCGCCCGCGAGCCUAUCGCCUCGGUCGACCCCGUCUCACACGCAGCCACGCCCGUCCUAUCAUCGGCUGUUCCGCUGCAGGCCAACCCUGUUCUGGAGCGAACGCCAUAUCCAACGCUCCCCCCCUCCCCCUUUCUGGCGCUACAUACGCCUCCAGGUAUCACCGGCCGCCUUUUUCCUUUCCCGCCACGACUGGCGCUAUCUAGGCUGCCUGUCUGCCUGUCCACCCUCCAUGUCGAUAAUGACCAGCCAUCCUGUGCGCCCACGAAGGGAAACACAAAGCCGUCGGCUGUCCGGCUUGUCUUUUCCAGGUGGUUUUGCCUCAAAUUCCUUUUUUAUUUUUAUAUUUUAAUUCUCUCUUUUCAUCUCUUCCCGGCAGUCAUCGUAAUCACUGCCAUCAUAAUCCCACAUAUCCUUCCUCCCUUUCCCUCCCCGCCCCGCCCGCAAACCCGUCUAUCUGUCUCCCUGCCUGUCUGCCCGUCUAUCCAUCCGCCUAGUCAGUAGUAUUAGCCAAAGGUCCAAGAGCCACAUUGGCUUUCGAGACGCCCACCUACCUCAUCCCCCCUCCCCCUGGGUACGACCGACGCCCUUCGGCCCCGCCUGACUAGAGGAGGAGGCGCCAGCAAGGACACACCCCCUCCCUCUUCGUCCGGCCGCCAUGGUUUCGACAAGCGCGAGUAGGGCGGAUAACGGCUCCGAGGGCUCUAGCACUCGGCCGGGAACGACGGCGACGA